AGUCGAGUAUCUUCCCCUUCCCUAGGCGUAAAAGAAAGAAAACCUCCCGUCUCUCGUCUCCUCCGCCGCCAAGACGAGUCGCGGCUGAACAGGGGAGGGGCGCCGCAAUCUCCAUCUGGCGAGCAGAGCAGGGGAGGGGAGGGGAGGGGAUCCUGAGCUGCUAUCCCCUCCCCUGCCCAUGCUGGUUGUUACUAAACCUGGUCAACUCCCAGUUGAGUUUCUUGAACCCUCUGCUGCCCAGAAACUGGUGAUUGGAUUUGAUUGUGAAGGCGUAGACCUUUGCCGCCAUGGUGCUCUCUGUAUCAUGCAGAUUGCAUUUCCUGACGCUGUUUACUUAGUUGAUGCUAUUGAGGGUGGGAAAGAACUUAUUGAAGCUUGCAAACCAGCACUUGAAUCAGAAUAUGUCACCAAAGUUAUUCAUGACUGCAAAAGGGACAGUGAGGCUCUGUAUUUCCAGUUUGGCAUAAAAUUGCAUAAUGUGAUGGAUACACAGAUCGCUUAUUCUCUGUUAGAGGAGCAGGAAGGGAAAAAGAGAGGAUACGAUGAGUACAUAUCUUUUGUCAGCCUCCUUGCUGAUCCCCGAUAUUGUGGAAUGGCAUAUCCUGAAAAGGAAGAAGUCCGUACCCUUCUAAGGCAGGACCCUAACUUUUGGACGCAUAGGCCUUUAUCUGAAAUGAUGAUUCGAGCAGCCACAGAUGAUGUCCGCUUCCUUCUCAGUAUACAUGAGAAAAUGAUGGAGAAGUUAAGCAAAGUAUCUUUAUGGCGUCUGUCAGUUCGCAGUGAGCUAUACUGCAGGUGCUUUUGCAUAAAUGACAACAAGUAUGCGGAUUGGCCACCUCUUCCAACUGUCCCUGAUGAAAUUGAACCUGAUGUUUAUGUUCCUGAGGUGGAUAUCCUGUCAGUCUUGGAUGUGCCUCCUGGCAAAAUGGGGCGUGUUAUUGGCAGAAAAGGAUCAUCAAUAAUGGAAGUGAAAGCAUCUUGCAAUGUUGAAAUCCAUAUUGGUGGUGCAAAGGGACCUCCAGACAGGGUAUUCAUCAUUGGACCAGUGCAGGAAGUCAGAAAAGCUGAGGCUAUCCUCCGAGGCCGCAUGCUGGAGUUCUAGAGCAACAACCUUUUGUGAUACCCCGGCUUCAAACUGCUCUCCUCAAUAUGUCAGUCUUGUGUGCACAAAAGGGAUAUACAGAAAUGCAUGUGGUACUGGGUGCCUCCAGGAUCUCUGAUCCUAGACAUGAUAAAACAGAAUAAAAAGAAUUGAAAGGUUACCUCCA